UCUCCGCAGACAGGCACAAUUUCAUAUUUUUAUUUUUGGUCGAAUGGUUUGUGUUUGAUAAGAGAAUUCCACAUUUUUUUUUUUUAAUUCUUCCAAGAAAAAAAAAAUUUCAUAUGACUCGCUUUUCAUAGUGAUUAUUUUUAUAUUGACAAAUCGACUGAUUACCAGUUGAUGGAUUAUCAAUACGCACCAUUGCCGACAAUGAUGUCCAGUGGGGACAUGCACAAUCGCUGUUGGGGCGGCCGGGCUUGGUGUGUUAAAGACAUCUGUGGCAUUGUGUGUGCCAUUCUAACCUGGAUGUUAAUUCUCUUUGCCGAAUUCGUUGUGAUGCGUGUAAUCCUUUUGCCUAGCCCGAAUGUGAUAUUUAGAACAAUUAAUAUAAUUAUAUUCCAAUCGUUUGCAUUCCUAGCUUUUGCAUCACAUGUUCGGACAAUGUUGUCAGAUCCUGGUGCAGUUCCUCGUGGAAAUGCCACCAAAGAAAUGAUCCUCCAAAUGGGUUAUAGAGAAGGUCAAAUGCUCUUUAAGUGUCCAAAGUGCUGCAGUAUAAAACCAGACCGAGCACAUCACUGUUCUGUGUGUCAGCGUUGCAUACGAAAGAUGGACCACCAUUGCCCGUGGGUGAACAAUUGUGUUGGAGAGAACAAUCAAAAGUAUUUUGUUUUGUUUACUCUUUACAUCGCUUUAAUUUCAGUUCAUUCCAUGAUCUUGGUUGUUAAUCAGUUUGCCGAGUGUGUCAAAAGUGAAUGGCGCCUAUGUUCGCCGUAUUCCCCUCCAGCUACAGUGUUUCUUUUGCUGUUCCUUACGUUCGAAGCACUGCUUUUUGCAGUGUUUACUGUCAUAAUGCUGGUAACACAGUUGUCGGCAAUCUUUAAUGAUCAAACUGGAAUUGAACAACUUAAAAAAGAAGAAGCCCGAUGGGCGAAAAAGUCUCGAUUGAAAAGUAUCCAGUCGGUGUUUGGACGUUUUUCGUUGGCUUGGUUUUCUCCAUUUACUCAGCCAUCGUGCAAGGCAAAAUUUGAUUCGCAUUUUUAUUCAGUUUGAAUUUUUUUUAAACGAGUUAGUUGAAACAAAAUCUAAAUUCCGAGUUGUAGGGAAUUUAGAACAAAAAUUUAACAGGUUGAUGUUGAGAUUUAAAUUUUUUUGCUGACUCUCAAGUUAUAUAUAAUGUUGUUGUAAUAUAUAUUUUGUAUUAAUUUUAAAAAAGUUUUAAUUCUUAGCUUACAAAAAAAAAAAUAAAAAUAAACAAAACCUCCGUACAAAGUGCAGCGCACUAUUCGAUCAAAAGGGAUUGAACAAAAAAAAUUAUAUUAUUAAAUGAAGAACAAAACUUAAUAAAUAAGUGAAUUUUAUUGAUGUAAA